UGCCGGCAAGGCUAUCCAUACCUAGUGCAAAGGAUGAUUGAUUAAUGUGCCGCUUUGCUUGAUCCCACGGUUCUCGUUGGGCAAGUCCCACAGGGAUGUGCCUUGCAUGUGAGGAAUUGCCGAUUCGCUGUCAGAUCCUCUACGAAGACCUGUGUUCCGGCGGUCUCCGACGAUGACUUGAACAAGGUCCAGAGCCAGAACCAGACCAACGACUUCAUCGCCCAUCGCCCAACGACGAACUGACUUAACUGCUCGCGUGCGUGAGGGGGCUGCAUUGUAAAAGUGGAAAUUUUGAUCCCCCGAAUGAUACCUCGAUUUACCGUUUUGACCAUAGCGUCUGACGCGCGUGGGCACCCUGUCCAAUAUUGGCUGGUGUUAAUGGGGGGGAAAGGGGACGUGCCAUGCCUACCAAAGGCGUUGCAAAGUGACGUUGUAAAAGGCCCUUGUUUGACUUUGCCGCAGGGGGGUUUAUGGCUCGUUAAAACGUUGAAACGAGAUUGGUGCGUGUGCGCGAGUGGAUGCGUUUUGCUUGUUGUUGGUGCGAAAUGCAUACAAGUCGUCAACAAAUGCAAAUCCACUUCGACACCUUGCAGAAAAAGGAAGAAAACAAAGAAGAAACAAGAUCCAAUGAUGUUGGUUAUUGGCGUUACCGUUGGUUGAGGUGGAACUGGCCCAGAUAACACAAAAAAGACUCGCUCACCUGAAGUGUGGGAGAGGGAAUAAAGAGGACAAAAAACCGAAAUGAUUGCGGAGCCAACAUUGAAAAUGAGGCAGA